GUUUCUUCAUCUUAUUCUCUCUCCACAUUUCUGCAUCCACACACACACACACACACACACAAAGAGGCAUAAACAAAGGAACUGCUGCCUCUUCUCCCAGGUGCUCAAAAUCAGACCCAACCCCAUACUCUCUUCUUUACUUUCUUCUUCCAUUACAUUCACUUUCCUUGCUCCAACCUAGUUCUAAAGAUAAGGCAUUGCCAACCCAAGCACCCCAUCACUAUCUUCUUCCCCUCUAUGAUCGCCUCCGGCACCGACAUCGCCCCCUCCUUCCGCGUCGCCGGCGGCUUCUUCUCCCGGAUGAUGGCGGGGGCACAACCGAAUGCAGCCGUCGCGGUCACAGCCUUGGCGGGCCUCGCUGUCCUCCUCGUUCUCUUCUACUCUGCCCGUAGGUAAAACCCCAAACACCUUCUCUUAUUCCCACAAUUUCGAAUUCAUCUAUAAGCCCCAAUUCCAUUUUAUUUGCUUAGUACUACCCUAUUCCAUUCUGCCCUCCUCAAUUUUCCAUCCAUGAGAGCUCUUAAACGAACUCCAACUUCGUCGUCUCCGGAUCCCAAUUCCAAUUCUCCUCCUUCUUCGUCUUCCCCGUCCUCAGCUUUGUCCUCAGCCUCAUCGUCAUGGGUUCAUUUGCGUUCGGUUCUAUUCGUUGUCACUUCCUCUUCACCGGCUUCUUCUUCCUCAUCUGAUCGGGGACGCCUUAAAUCGCCAUGGUCACGCAAGAAAAGAAAGCACGCACUUUCACCGCAACAAUGGAGAAGUUUGUUCACGCCAGAUGGGAGGCUUCGAGAUGGUGGCAUCAAGUUUUUAAAAAAAGUUCGCAGUGGAGGUGUAGAUCCAAGUAUUAGAGCAGAGGUCUGGCCGUUCCUUCUUGGAUUCUAUGACUUGAGCAGUUCUGAAGAAGAAAGAGAUGCCGUAAGAGUACAGAAGAGGAAAGAAUAUGAAAGACUUCGCAAACAAUGCCGAUCCUUACUGAAGUUUGGGGAUGGGUGUAUAAAGUUGAAUGACGAUGAGAUGAACUUUAACAAGGUGGGGGACGCUCAGCUUGUAUCUCAUGGUGAUGACUCUCCUAGUUUGGAAGAUGUGGGUAGCGCCAGAGAAUCUAUUUCUAGUGAUGAAAGGGGCACUAACUUUAGAUACUUGGAUGGAACCUCGGAGGUUUUGUUGGAAGAGGAUGAUAGUUCUAGGCAGAUGACAAAUGCUGAUGUUUCGAUUCUAAAUACUGAAUCAUCUGACUCAGAUUCUUCUGAGGAUCCUGAAGUUAGUCAAACAUUUCCUUCCUCUGAUGGUAGAGAAGAUAAUGAUCCUGUUUUCACUUCGAAAAAUUCGUCUCCCUUGGUAACAGAGGUUACAUCCAAAUUUCGUGGUAAUGAAGAUUUUACAACAUGGCAGCGGAUCAUCCGCCUUGAUGCCGUACGUGCAAAUGCAGAAUGGAUAGCCUACGCACCAUCCCUAGCAGCAGUAUCAGAUGAUAAGGCUAGACAUUCCGCUGAGGUUGUUGGUUUGAAAGAUUAUGAUCACCUAGAGUCCUGCAGGAUCUUUCAUGCUGCUAGAUUAGUGACGAUUCUUGAAGCUUAUGCUCUUUAUGAUCCUGAAAUUGGGUAUUGCCAGGGAAUGAGUGAUCUGCUUUCUCCUAUAAUCACUGUGAUAACUGAAGAUCACGAGGCUUUCUGGUGCUUUGUGGGCUUCAUGCGGAAAGCUCGGCAUAACUUUAGGCUUGAUGAGGUUGGGAUUCGAAAGCAACUGAACGUCGUCUCUAAAAUCAUCAGAUUCAAGGACUCCCACCUUUACAGACACCUACAAGACCUUGAAGCGGAGGAUUGCUUUUUCGUUUAUAGGAUGGUUGUGGUACUGUUUAGAAGGGAAUUAACAUUUGAACAGACGCUGUGCCUUUGGGAGGUGAUGUGGGCUGAUCAGGCAGCUAUUAGAGCUGGUGUAGGUAAAUCUGCUUGGAGCAGGAUUAGGCAACGAGCCCCACCCACGGAGGAUCUGUUGCUCUAUGCAAUUGCUGCCUCGGUAUUGCAGAAGAGGAAAUUGAUUAUAGAGAAAUACUACAGCAUGGACGAAAUUAUAAGGGAGUGUAACAGCAUGGCCGGGCAACUUGAUGUGUGGAAACUAUUGGACGAUGCUCAUGAUUUGGUGGUGACCCUCCAUGAGAAGAUCGAAACCUCGUUUAACGAGUAAAUGCCUAAUUGUUGGGUUGCUAAUUAACGUGCCAUUCUUCUGCUCGGAGAAAGUGCUUCUCUCUUUGCUUAUUCGAGGGUGCAGAAGGAUGUUUCUUUUGCUCACUCAAGCUCACUCAAGUAGUAGCGACAGAUUUUAGUGAUGUAUCAUUAUAAUUGGCAUAAAAUUGCAUCCUCGCCUUCAUCUAUUUCACAGUGGCUGCCGUAACAGCAGUAAACGGGAGUAGUGUAUCGAGAUGCACGAGUCAAUGAAUCUUGAAAAGUAGGAAGUAUCUGGUUCUUGGUGUAUCUUUAGCUGGAGUAAUAAUAACUUUUGUUCUCGAUCCAUGAGUUAAUUUUUUUGUUGACUUGGUUCGUGUACCUCUAAUCUUGUUCCAGUUGCCCCAAAAUCAGUAUUCAGGUGAUUUUGUCGAUA